UGGGGGGAUGGUCACUGCAGGUGGCUGGUCACUCUGGGCGUCUGGCCAUUCACUGUGGGGCCCGGCAGGCCUGGGCAGAGCAGUGCUCUGAGGUUGUGCCCCCUUGUGGGGUGCUUGGCUGAGGUGUGGGUCUGAGCCCUGCUCCCCACUGCCUGAAAGAGAGACCUGGCCUGGGGAGGGCGUGGGUGCUGGGCACGUGGGUUCCCCAGCACCUUUCCAUCCCUCUUUCAGGCGCUUUUCAGGAAAAUUUGUCCCUUGUUCUCCCAUUUUGGCCCCCAAGGGUCUGUUGAUGGCAGCACCACUCCCCUGGCUGGGAGGAGCAGGGUGCCUCUGGGAAGAUGGAGACCCCUGCCCACUGGGGUUGCUUCCUGGGGGUGUGGAUCUGGGCAGGGCCAGGCAGAGCCUCCCCUGGGCCUGAGGCUCCUGUCUUGCCUUCUGUUGUGAAGCAAGCCUCCCGCUAAAGCCCAGCACCACCGAGGCUUGGGACAGAGGCAGAGGCUGUCCAGGAUGCUGUGGCCUCCAUCCUGGCAGGUGAGCCCGCCUUCCUCACCUCCCUUGCUCUCCAUACUCUGCCUGGGUCCUCAUGGCCCGGCCAACCACUGUCCCCUUUCCCUCACUGACGCCCCUGCCCCCGGUCGUGGGGUCAGGCAUUCUCUGGCAGAAACCCCUGCUCCGCAGCCCCGGGCACUGGCCCAGUUAUUCUCUCGGUCAGGGCUUCCAGGCUGUUGAGAGCCCCCUUGGCCCCCUUGCAGCACCUGAGGAACAUGAGAGACCCCUUCCCUGACCGAUCCAUGUGUCCCCAUACAGUCUGUGGAUGGCCGCAGAGGGCACCCCAGGGUAAGAACCUUGGGGAUGUCCUGUCACCAGGGCCUGCUCGGCCUCCUUCACCUUCGUGCUGGUGCCCUGAGGACCCAGAGGACUGGAUGGGCCCUAGGACGGAGCUGCUGGGUGCCCCGGAAGAAGGGCAGGCAGGAAAGGGAGUGGCAGUGAGGUCGGCCUCCUCACCCCACCUCACCCUGCUGCCCCCAGCCCGGCCCAAGACGCCAGGGCAUUUGCUGACACCUGAGGCCCUUCGAAGCCAGGAGGACACGGCCUCAUUCCUGGUGUGGCCACUGAGGACGGCGCUGAGAGCAGAAAGUCACGAGCAGGGCUGAGUGUGGGAUACGAGGAGACACGCCCAGAGAGGAGAGGUGAGCUCCCCGAACAGGGGGUGUGCAAGCGUGGAGUGGGCCUUGGGGGCGUGAUCGUCGGGGGAAUUUGGAGACAGGUCUCGGAACACAGCUAUUGAGGUGCUCUCAAUAGUGCAUUUGAAAUGCCCAGUGACAGCUUGUUUUGAGGUCCUGGUCUUUGAUGCAGAGCCUUCCUGGGCCACGGGGUAGGCUGGGUCCUCUCUCACAGCCACGCGUGGCCUCCAGGGAGGCUUUGACAACCUCAAGUUUGUAAUUACACGUGGUGGGGGCCCCGCUGCAGGCCCCAGUUCAGGCAGGGUUUUCGUGGCCUCUGGGCGAGGGUGGGCCUGGAGAGGGUGAAAAUGCUCCCGGUGAAUCCUGUGCAGGGACCACUCGGGGCGCUCCACGGCGGUGCUGACAGGUGGCUCUGCUAGCCCUCCCACCUCUGCCGCCCCCUCCCUUCUGCAUUUGGUCAGGACCUCAUGGUGGGGGGAUCCCAAGUGGCUAUGGGAGGGUGGGUGCGCUGCCGCCUGUCGGGAGCUGCUGGAGGAACUGCCCAGGCCUCCUCCUCCCUCCCGCAUCGCCCAGCACCCCCAGACAGCACCCUUGGUAGCUCUGGCCCCCAGGAAUUCCCGUCCCGAGUCUGAGGGGGCUUGUGUAGACCUCAGACGCCUGGCACCCAUAGCAUCACUUUAGCUGGAGGCCUAGGCAUGGCUCAGGUUGGGGUGCAGGUAUGAAUCUAGGGGUGGCAGCAAGAGUGAAGGUACCAGGUCCAGGGUCAGGAGGCCCCCGGGCUGUGCAAGUGGCCAGCUUGGCCUCUCCCGGGAAGAUGCUCUUGGCUAUAUCCAGCUCAUCCCUGGAAUUGUCUGUCUCCAUCCUUGGCCGCCCUGGAGCCUGUGAGCUGGGCCUGAAACACCACGCCCUCCUGGGGUGCCUCUUUGCCAGCACUGUGCCCAGGUGGCCUCACUUGUCAUCUCAAAGUGGUAUCAAAACUCCCGUCUGGUGGACAGAAUCCCCGGGCCAGCCCUCCAGAGACCAGCAGGCCCCUGGCCCCUCAAUGCCACCCACAGCUGCCCAGCCCUCCACCAUGGGCCUCGUUCCACCUGCCACCGCUCCUGAGCUGGAUGACCCAGCUCCUCACUGGCUCGCCUGUGGCUGCUGCCUGGGUUUACCUGCACAGUUGCCCCUGGCUAUCUGGCUGGGAGGGCUCUUACUUAGAAGCAGUCCUCUUCCUGGGAAACUGUGUCCUAAGGCCAGGAGGUGGCAGCCUCUGCCCUCCCGAGCCACGGACCUGUGAGCAGCCUGGCUUGGAGGUGGCUUGGAGCCUGGAGGGCCCCUGAGCUGUCUGUGAGCACAGCCCCUCCCAUCAGGGAGGCACUCAAGAGCUUCCCAUCUGUGUCACAGGGAGUAGGGCCUGGAGCCUGAAGAGACCUGUGGAGGCCACACAAGCGCCUGAAUUUGGUUCCUCUCUGUCUUUUCCCCGAUUCUGAAAUUGUCCCCACAGCACAGAUGCAUCGAGGGAGCUGUCUUUGCAGCCUCUCCUGAGCCCAGGGAGGAGAAGGGCAGCUCCCCUUCCUGAUCGCCCUAGGCCUAGGUCAGCUGGGUGAGCCCAAAGGGACCUCUGAACCCUCACUGCCCAGGCAGCCCCCUUUCCCUGGACGCCUCCUGGCCUGUCCCCUGAGAGCCAAGCCCAUACUCAAACAGGGGUCUGGGGUCUGGGUGCUGCUCUGCUCCCACCAGGGAGGUUCUGGGGCACGGUUGCCUGGGCCUUCCCUUUCAGUGCCGUGGACUGCUGCCCCCACUGCCCAACCCCAGAGGGCAGUGAUGGGCACCCUGCUUUUCCCUGCUCCCAUCCUGGGAGCCUAGGCCCUGCCCUCAGUAGAGGCAGAGGGGACCCAGGGAUGGCGUCCCUGCAUGGACAUGGCUGCCUUCCAGGGGAGUCUAAGGGACCCAACACCUGCAUCACAGAUGCCGGGGACAGACUGUAGGCGAGGCAUCUCCAUCCACAUCCAUGCUGAGCCACACACUAGCAUGUGGGGCCGGGCACCACCAAACCUGCUGUCCUGUCUGGGCCACUGAAGCCCGGCUGAGACUCAGCACCCUGUGGGGGUAGAGGAGUGGGACAGGGGCAGGAGGUGCCCAGGGUAAAAGUCGGAUGUCUUCAGAGUGACCCCCCCAGGGCUGGGCAGGGCUGGGGAUGGGGGAAAGGCAGGCUGGCCAAAAAGUGCACACCAGACCCUCCUCCUAAAGGUCCCCACACUCCCUGUGCAGACUAGGCAGCCUGCAGGGCAGAAGCUUCCAGCCCCGUUCCUAGCGGCCAACGUGCUUUAUUUAGCCCUUCAUGAAGAGAAGAGUCCCUGACCAGUGACUGCAGUGAGCUCCUGGCACUUUUAAAGCUUCGGCGUCGCCUCUCUCAGGAACCUAGAAGUGGACACCCAUCCCCAUUCAGGCCAGACCCCGAGGCUCAAGGAGCAAGGCCCAGCCUCUUGCCAGGCAGCCCUCUCUCUGGGACAGGUGCAGGGCCCCUUGGGAGGGGUGUGAAGUUGCAGAGGACCUUUAAGCAGAGUGAGGAAUGGGGAGAGAAGGCUUUAGGAGACGGGCUCCAUGUCAGCGUCCAUACGGACAGAAUCAAGUUCCUGCAGAGUUCAUAGGCUGAAGCCCUGCCCCCCAAUUCUGUGGCAUUAGGGAGUGGAUAUCUGGGAGGUAUUCGGGACAGACGAGGAGAUGAAGGUCCCUGGUCCCGUAGGAUUAGUGUCCCUAUACGAAGAGACAUUUAGGAGCUCCCUCCUCUCCUCUCUCUCUCUCUCUCUCUCUGUCUCUCUCUCUCUCACUCUCUCUCUCUCUCACUCUCUCUCUCUCACUCUCUCACUCUCUCACUCUCUCUCUCUCUCUCUGUCUCUCUCCCCCCUU